AUGAAGCUGAGCGUCCUGCUGAUGGCUGUGACGGUGGCCGCCGCGCCCGCUGGCCAUGGCCCUUCUAACGUGGACGUCGACGUCGGCGUGCGGCCAGGCUUCCUGGUCAGCCUGAUGCCCGCCGGCCCGCUGAAGGAGAAGCUCGCGUCGUGCGCCAGCAACAAGAACAUGAGGCUGCACAGCUCCGACUUCACCAUCAGCCAUCGCGGCGCGCCCCUGCAGUUCCCAGAGCACACCAAGGCCGGGCUGGCAGCGGCCGCCCGCAUGGGCGCCGGCAUCCUCGAGUGCGACGUCGCCUUCACCCGCGACCGCCAGCUCGUCUGCCGCCACUCCCAGUGCGACCUGCACACCACGACCAACAUCCUCGCCGUGCCCGAGCUCGCGGCCAAGUGCACCCGGCCCUUCACGCCCGCGGCCGGUGGCAGGCCCGCCUCCGCGCUCUGCUGCACCAGCGACAUCACCCUCGCGGAGUUCAAGAGCCUCUGCGGCAAGAUGGACGGCUUCGACCCCAAGGCCACCACCGCGGCAGAGUACAUGGACGGCACCCCGAAGUUCCGGACGGACCUCUACGCCUCCACCUGCGGCGAGCUCUACUCCCACAAAGAGUACAUCCGCAUCGUCGACGGCUACGGCCUCAAGUUCACGCCCGAGCUCAAGGCCCCCGAGGUCCCCAUGCCCUUCGAGGGAGACUACACGCAGGAGGAGUACGCCCAGCAGCUCAUCGACGAGUACCGCGCCGCGCGCAUCCACCCGGACCGUGUCUUCCUCCAGUCCUUCUCCAUCCAGGACAUCUACUACUGGAACACGCAUGCCGCAGACUACGCCCGCCAGGCCAUGUAUCUCGACUCCCGCCCAGACACCCCCGAGGGCGCCAAGCAGGCCACCGCCUCCAUGGCCCAGCUGAAGCAGAGCGGCAUCCGCACCCUCUCGCCCGCCUUCCACGCCCUGCUCAAGCUCGACGCCAACAACCAGAUCGUGCCCUCCGAUUACGCCGUCGCCGCGAAGAAGGCCGGCAUCAAGCUGACCACCUGGUCUCUGGAGCGCUCCGGGCCGCUCAACAAGGUCAAGGCCAACAAGGACUUUUACUACUCUUCCAUCGCAGCGGCCAUCAAGGACGACGGUGACAUCUACCGUGUUGUCGACGUCCUCGCCAGAAAGGUUGGUGUUGCUGGCAUCUUCUCCGAUUGGCCUGCCACCGUCUCCUUCUACGCCAACUGCUUCGGCCUCUGA